AUGUCCGGAUUCCUAUCCUCCAUCGCAGACAAGGUCCUACCUUCGUCGCACGAGUCCAUCCAUCACCAUUUGAGGACUAUCACUCAACAGUACUCCUCUUCGACCACGCCGACUCAACGCCUCAUCACUGUCGAGAAAGGCGUCACGAUUGAUCUUGAUGCUCUCGGGCGCGAUGCCAAGGCACAGAGCAAGGAGCUCUACACUUGGGGGUUUUCUGAGGAUAGCGACCUCAAAGAUGUCAGCGAUCGGCUCGCAUACUUGAACUUCGUUCAGGGUGCGCUCGCUAGCUCUCUCGCUGAGAAGCUAAAUGCCGCUCGUACUCCUUUCAAGAACUUGCGGGAUGCCGAGGCUGCUCUGUUGCCUCGAAGGAACGCCCGAGCGGCGUUGCAGUUGCAACUCAACCGGAUCGAGCAUGAUCAACCGCGAGGAUUGGAGAAGCGCACUGCCGAAUUGAAAGAGCAGUUGAAGAAACUUACUUUGGAGGAUCAGCCGCAGGAGAAACAGGCGCGUUGGGAGGCAAUCCGAGAGUACGCAGAGAAGCUAGUCAUCCUGUCUCAAGCAGCCCCUGCUCUUAUAGCUGCUCUGCCUACUUUGCCUCCGACCGAAGAACACCCGUACGCUGGUGCACAAUCGACUGGCGCCAUCAGGGCAGCUCUGCAGCGUGCUCUCGACAACUACAAGACGGGUCAUGUAGAUCUCGUGGUUCCCGUGGCAGGCGCAGACCUCAACAGGUCGGACACACGUAGUUUCGGGGAAACGCACGCCAGUGAGCUCUCGAGCAUCAACUCUGAGGCGCCCUCCGCAGCGCCUGUCACCCCACCUGCAGAGUUGAGCUCUCCCCAGACGGCUGCCACUUCUCCACCGAUUUCAUCACACCCUGCUCCAAUUGACCCAUCGAGCCUGAAUUUGUCGCCUGCCUUGAUCCCCAAAGCAUCGACUGACGAGGCCCCAUUGGUCGCCGAUGCAACUAACAGCAGUGCACCAGUCCCUCCGCCUGUUCCAACCGUAGCAGAAACAGGAGUGCCUCUCUCUGCCGGUGAAGACGGACCGGGCCCCGCCAGUGGCUCUCUGCGUGACAUCAAAUCCACGCGGCCAGCUGAGGAUGCCCCUGUUUAUGGCUUCGGUGGCACGCAGAAGUUCGAGAGCGCAGUUGAAGAGAAACAGAGACUACAGGCUUAUUCCCAUGCAGCUCAAGAGGCUCCUCCCGCUGUUCACUUCGAAUCUGCAGAAGAAGAGAAGAAACGGCUGCAAAGGGAAGAAAGCGCGAGAGCUUCGGCCGGUCCAUCCACUGGAACUAAGCCCUCUGAUGAGCCGGAAGAUUUGCCCCCAUCGUACCAGGAUUAG